CACGCGUAUCGUUCGGGCUAUUCCACCGAGACUGCUCUACAUCAAACAGUAGCGUUUAUUGAGGAGCAGCUGGAAAGGAAGGGCUACGCAGUGGGUGCUUUCUUGGACAUAGAGGGCGCCUUUAACAACACACCGCACGAGGUAGUGUGUGAGGAAGCCGCCAGAAGGGGUGUCUUGAUAAAGCUCGUCGAAUGGAUCCGGGGCAUGCUAGAGAGGCGUCUGAUGACUUCGCUGGGAACUGCAAAAGUCUGUGGGUGGGUGGGAAGAGGCUGCCCGCAGGGCGGAGUACUUUCCCCACUUUUAUGGUGCCUGGUAGCAGACAAGACGCUUCUAGAGCUCAUGCAGGGGGCACUGGAAGUUGUAGAAGAAUGGUGUCAGAGGACGGGUUUGACGGUAAAUCCACUAAAAACCGGUCUUACUGUCUUCACUUGCAAAUACAAAGUGAGCACCAUUGUGGGACCCACUCUUGAAGGAGUAAGAAGGACCGUUGGCCAGACUUGGGGUUUGAAACCGAGUAUGAUACACUGGAUCUACACAGCCAUGCUUCGCCCCAGACUCACAUACGCAGCUGUAGUAUGGUGGACUAGGGUGCAAAAUAAAACAGCCAAAGUUGCGCUGGAGCAUGUCAGGGCUCUGAUUUUGAGAGGGGCCCUAGGUGCUAUGGUUACGACACCAGUGGCGGCGAUGGGCGUAAUGUUCGGCAUCGAACCAUUUCAUCAAGUGGUAGUGGCUGCGGCAGCAGUGGCGACAUACCGUCUAAGAUGCAAACUAAAAUGGAAGAAGGGAGCCCAGCAUACGAGGCUGCCGGAAAACGUUCUACUGGAUCCAAUAUUCGAGAUGCGACAGGACAGAAUACCUAUUAUUCAGGCUUCUGAUAGGCGCUUCAAA